AUGGUGCAUGAGCAACGGUGUCCACCUGGUGUUUGCUCAGAUUCAGGUGGGAUUGCCCCUCGCUUCUCUCAAGAUGAGGAUGAGGAGUUGGAUGAGGGCGGCUUCCAAGAUCUUGUGCCGACCAGCCUCGCUGAACUAACAGCAAACGAGGAGGUACACACGGCACACUUCGUAGAAGGUGACUUCUUCCCUGAGGAAUCCCCCGCCCCUGCGGAACUGCAGAGUGGCGACGACCGCAAUGACGACUCCACGGAAUUGUUAAAAGAUUCCUCAUCAUUGUUAUCAUCAUCUCCAUCCGAGAACAGAGGGCCACGCGCUAGCAGCAUCGAUGCAGAGGGUGAAGCAUGUCCCUCGAGUCUUACGGGGACACGUCGCACCGUCAAGCGUGUGCGCUGGGUGGACGAAGGUGUUGCCCCUAUGCCCUUGGUCCAGCGUGCCACAACGUUCCUUUUGCUCCACUUCGACAAAGAAAAAGAGCAGCAGCCACAGCAGCAGCAGCAGCAGGUGGUUGAGUUGGAGAGGGUGCCGCAAGCUCUUUCGCCACCGCCUGUACUCCGCGAGGAAACAAACGGCGACGGGACAACUUAUCUCUCGUGCAAAGCACAUCGUCCGGCUCGAAGGUUUGUUCUUUGGAAGCGGAGCAAAGGGGCGGCUGACGCUUUCGCAGAGGAGUUGCCAUUUAAGCUACAGCCGCCUGGAAACAAUCCCACAACACGCGCUGUCACGUUGUUGGCCGCCCUUCACCCGCCGUAUCGCGCGGAACAUGUCGGACAGGCGGUGCUGAUGCGCAGUGCCACAGUAGCGCAGAGUGCAAAGAAGGGAGAAGCCCUCUGUGACGGGGGACUACAGAUGCCAAUGGUGCGGGUGUCGGAGCUGAGCAACUUUCCGUUUCGGAUUCCAUUCUAG